AUGGCUGUAGAACAGUUGCAAAGCGCAGAACGUCCGAGUCACGUUGAAGGCCAGGCCAGGCCAAGCUUUGUGGGCGCGGGAGUGGCGUCCGCCCAAUCCCUCCAAGUCGUCACCUUCGACUUCCCCAACCCUGACUACACCUCCUCGCUUCCUCAGACGAGCCACCGCAUCAACGCCAGCAUCUCCUUCACCUACCUGACCUCCUUCAACCUGCGCACCCUCUCAAGCAACGCCGCCUCCCCCGGCGACGACGUCAGUGGUCUCCUCUAUGUCCCAGACUUGGACCCCACCUCAGCCUGUAACAACGCAAGUGCGCAGUACAUCCCGCAGAACGUGACACGACGGGCGAAUCUGCCGAAUCAGAACUACUAUCUCAUUGCCAUCGCGCCAUGGCUGAGCCCGGAAUGCGUGGGGGAGUACUUUGCGGCAGCACGACAAAGUCCUGUGAGAGGUUUUCUGACGUUCUUACCGGAGGAUACGAGUAGUAACAUCCCGCCGGAGGUGUCGAGUAGUGUUUGGGGUAUUGGAGAUGGUGGAAGUUGGAAACGGCAGAAUGCCUACCCAGUCUAUGCCAUCCCGGGCGCCAGCGCGAGAGCGCUACUCAACGCGAGCGCGGACUACAGCGGCAACAUGACGAGCGUACCUUUCGGACACACGUUGACCGAGAUCUACGAUCCGCGAGACUACGUCCGGCUGUUCGCGGCAAUCGACACGAGCGGAGCGUCUUCGUUACCUAGUCUGUGGGUGUUUUUGCUGGUGGUACUGGGCAUCUUGAUGGCUAUCAUCGGGCUCACGAGCUUCACCAUGCAUUUCCUCCAACGACGAAGACGGCAGGCGUUGAGACGACGCGUAGCGAACGGAGAGGUUGACUUGGAGGCCUUGGGUAUCAAGCGCUUGACUGUGCCGCAAGAGGUGUUGGAUGGGAUGCCGCUAUAUACAUACGGCUCUGGCGCACCCGUGGCGGCGAAAGAAGUCGCCGUAGCCGACAAAUUGGCCUCAGCAUCAAGCAGCCGACCAACCUCACCGACCUGGACGACCCGACCAUCACCGGCGAAAAGGACGGGUAGUUUCCACCCCACAGCCCUCCAACAACCCACCUGCGCUAUCUGUCUCGAUGACUUCGUACCAGCUUCUACAACUCCCGAAGACCGCGAGGCGGAAGCUUCGAUUGUGCGCGAACUCCCGUGCCACCAUAUUUUCCACCCGGACUGUGUGGACACCUUCCUGCGGGACUCGAGCAGUUUGUGUCCGAUGUGCAAGAAGACGGUCUUGCCAAAGGGUUACUGUCCGCAGGUGGUUACCAACGCGAUGGUAAGGAGAGAGCGGAUGAUAAGACGAAUACGGGAGAGGGUUGUUCUUGAGCCCGAUGUCGAAGACGAAGGACUGCCGGGAAGGAGAGGGGUAAGGGCGUCAAGGACCUUCUCCGGCCUCCCACUUCUGCGCGGAAGCCGAAGAGUGUCAUCCGCGCCUGUGCAGGCCUUGACGGAAAUGUCGCCCGUUCCUGCUCCCGAAGCCUCGCAUGUACCCGCCGAUGACGGUCGCGCUCGGACGCCUCAAGGUCAACCACCUUCCACUCCCAGCCGGAGAGAGUGGGCCCGGCAACGAGCGAUUGCUAUGUUGGGCCGUCGGACAGCACCCGCUGAUCCGGAUGCUGAAGAGCGGCGGAGUACGCCUGGGUGGCGGAAGGCGCUGAGGGUAGUGUUCCCUAUGGCUUCUGCACGGUAG